AUUUUCUAAAUGAAAUUGUUUAUUUCGAUCUAAAAUAAUUUAUUUUUAUUUUUAUUUUUUGUUCGAAUCUAGACACAUGUUUUACAUCAUAACCAGAAUCAUGAAUUGCCAAUUUGAUGGAAACAGCAACAUUGACAACAACAUCAUCAUCAUCUAUGGUUUCACUUGUUGUGUUGACGGAACGUAAUAAUAGCCCGUAAUAAUUCUUACAUCAAAGAUUAUAUUAUUAGAUUAGAAUAUUCUUACACCCACCACUACACACACUAGUCACAUAUUCUUCGGAAAUACCACUACUUGAUGCAAUUAUUCUUGUUCGUGUGAUCAUCAACUUUCGAGUAAAAAAACUGUUAAUUUUUUCUUGCUGUUGUUCAUCAUUCCUGGAUUUAGUUAAGUGCGUCAUAAUCAUCAUCAUCAUUCAAUUACAAUAACCGUUAAUAAAAUGGCCGAAGAAAAUGAUCAAUCAAAAUUUCGUUUACCCGGACUAUAUGGCAAUACUGAUCUCAAUUCACGAAUCAAUAUGUUUCAAGAACAGGCAGAAAAACAUAAGGAAAAACAAAAACUUAAUCCAUUUUCCGGUUCAUUCGAUGCAGUAGCUGCGGCUAAACAAAAAUUGAAUAAAGAAGAUCCAAACUAUGGAAAACCAGUAGAAGGUUCAAAAACCGAACAACGUGGUAAACAGGCAUCACAAUUGAUUGCAAAUGAAAUCAAAUUAUUGACAGAAAUUAUUCAAAAACAUGGUACAAUGAAUGAAGAAUCCGACAACAAAGAAGUUACAAUUAAAUUCAAAGAAUUAUUUGAAUUAUAUAAAGUAAUCUCAAGUAAAGUAGUUGGUCUAUUAUUACGUGCACGUAAACAUGGCCUAGUACGUUUUGAAGGUGAAAUGCUUUAUCAAGGUCGUGAUGAUAAUGUUAUCAUUACGAUGGAUCCAUCGAUCAAAUUGGAGGAUAUUAAUUUUGAUUGAAAAAAAAAACACAAACUUUAAAAACCAAGAUUAUCUCAUUUUUAAUAUUUAUAAUUCAAAAUAUAUUAAAAUAAACGAAAAAAAAUGACAAAUUU